UUACACCAGAGACUUUUCGUAAGAAUAAUGCUACCUCUAAAGUAAAAAUAAGCAAAGCCGUUAAUAAAUAUACUACAUCUUCCAAAAAAGCUCAACGAGAACCUCAACUUUAUGUAAAUGUGGAUCAGAGUAUAUCAAGCAACGUAACUAUACCAGUACUAAAGCAAGAUUUGGAUGUAACUAUACCAGUACUAAAACAAAGUAGACAAGAUUUGAACAAGACUGGCGUUUUUACAAAUUCAAUUAAAAAGUCAAACAAGAAUAUAGAAAAUCAAGUACAAAAAUUACCAAACAAUAAAGAUAAAUGUAUAUUUUACAAUAAACCUCCAUACAUUAUAGCAAUGCGUAAGAUAGGUAAUAACAAUCGGUGGCAAUCUUACAAAGUAAUUAAACUUGGCUAUUACCCAUCUAUCUCUAAAUUUACUCCAAAAAAAAAUGGCAUUGCAUAUCAGAUUCCCGAUAAAUAUGAAAUUGAAACUAAUUUAUCAGGAUUAUCUGUAAAAUGCAAAACUGAAUAUCAGCCAACUGGUAAUAUUAGUUAUACGAUUAGUUGGGUAAAUCCUUAUGGCGAUAUAAUAUCAAGUAGUAGUAUGACCUCAGCAAGUAAUGCUGGAAUUAAAUUUUUAACGGAUAUUUGUAACAAACCCAAUACACAUAUUUCUGGAGUAUUUUUAUUUGGUUUUGAUAUUGAACAUCUGCAUAAAGCAAGAAUAAAGGCACCUGUUAAUCGUAAACGUUCUUAUAUAGAAUUAGAGUCAGAAUCUCAAAAAAACAAACAAAUUGCACUAGCACAACGAUUGUAA